AUGCCUGGCGGUCCUAUCUUCGAAGAAAGCGAAUCAGCCGCGCUUGAUGUACGAGCACGGGAGUCAGAUGAGGAGGUAGACGAGACCGGAGACGGUGGUGCAGCCGGCCAUGGCGCCUCGCACAAAGACGCUGUAUCUGAUGCUGGCUCGCACAACGGGAGCGAUGCUGAAGAGCUCGAAGAUGGAAUGCUUCUUCGCGACCUGCCAAAGCGAACCACGUUUUAUGACCCCGUCGCCGAGCGUCAGAUGAGCCAGACGGACGCAAAAUACUUCUACCACCGAAACAAGGCCGAUGUGCGAAGCGUUGGUGGGGCUGGCAACCAAUCUAUACCUCAGAGUCCUUUUCUCAAUUCUGGUUCUCGCCCUGCGACUGAGUAUGGUGCCGAUUCUUUGGUGCUAGACUCGACUGGUCGUCGAGUUGAUUCCUUCCCUCCAGGCCUGGAGAUGCCGAAUCCUGCCAUUGACCCCGCGGGUUUCACUCAAUCGCCUACAAAAGUAGAAGAAGCGCAGCCUACCUCAUUCCCACCAAAUGAGUCGUCUUCCUUCUCUCAUGCGCCUCAGGUGGCCCAAGACCCGCGGCUUCCCGAUGGCUCUAGUAACGGCCUACCUUCCGGCGGUCUUUUCGACACUGAACCUCAUAUCACUUCGGAACUAAGUGCUAUUUCGAAAAACAUCCAGAGAAUCUUGGAUCUCAGGCGCAAAUAUAUCUCGCUUUCAAACCAGGGUCCAGACGAUAACCCGAGAGAUGAUCCAAAUUGGGAAAUCUAUCCCCCUCCGCCUGAGCCCGCAUGGCGGCAGUCUUCGAGACAAGCAGCAAGCACCGCGGAGCAUGUGCCUGGCCAGGAGAACACUAGUACGAAUGGCUCCAAGGAAGCAUCUGGAUCUGUACCCAAAGAUGUACCUCAUGAUCACCACGAGGGCAAGCGAUCGACAAGAAAACGAAAGCCGGGCCAAGACAUUGGAGAAGACUUUGACAUGGCAGAUGUAUUGCCCCUACCUGGAAACGAUGGGCGUUCGUACAAGCUAGAUGACAACGGAGUUUACCAAGUCUUUGAAAGCGACAAUGCACAUGCGCCUGCGACUCAGGUUCCCACCAUCAGAGAGUUCUACAUGGAUCUAGACGACAUCCUGGACGUGUCAUCCGAUGGGCCCAGCAAGAGCUUUGCAUUCCGGCGUCUUCAGUAUCUUGAGGGCAAGUUCAACCUAUACGUUCUCUUGAAUGAGUAUCAAGAAACAGCAGACAGCAAGAAGGUUCCUCAUCGAGAUUUCUAUAACGUUCGAAAGGUCGAUACUCACGUUCAUCAUUCUGCAUGCAUGAACCAGAAGCAUCUGCUACGCUUCAUCAAGAGUAAGAUGAAGAAGUUCUCCAACGAAGUUGUCCUAUUCCGCGACGGAAGACAUCUCACUUUAGCCGAGGUCUUUGCUAGUAUUAAUUUGACUGCCUACGACCUGAGUAUUGAUACUUUGGAUAUGCAUGCUCAUACUGAUUCAUUCCAUCGAUUUGACAAGUUCAACCUUAAAUACAACCCGGUUGGGGAGUCUCGCCUCCGAACUAUCUUUCUCAAGACGGACAAUUUUAUCCAUGGCCGUUACCUGGCUGAGAUUACUAAAGAGGUCAUUUCAGAUCUGGAAUCGAGCAAGUACCAAAUGGUGGAGUGGCGCAUUUCCAUCUACGGCAAAUCUAUAGAUGAGUGGGACAAGCUCGCUGCCUGGGUGGUUGACAACAAACUCUUCUCCCACAACGUUCGAUGGCUCAUCCAGAUCCCCCGCCUGUACGACGUUUACAAAGCCAGUGGUUUGAUGGAAACGUUCGAACAGGUGGUUAAGAACGUCUUCCAACCGCUCUUCGAAGUUACCAAGGAUCCGUCCAGCCACCCGAAGCUUCAUAUCUUCCUUCAACGAGUAAUCGGAUUUGACAGUGUUGACGAUGAAAGCAAGGUAGAGCGCCGUUUGUUUAAGAAAUUCCCUGUGCCAAAGGUCUGGGAUACCAAGCAGAACCCCCCUUACAGCUACUGGAUCUACUACCUCUACUCUAACCUGGUGUCCCUGAACUACUGGCGGAAGAAGCGUGGAUUCAAUACACUUGUUUUGCGACCUCACUGUGGAGAAGCCGGCGACAGCGAACACUUGGCUGUUGCCGCCUUGUGUUGCCACAGCAUUAGUCACGGACUCCUCCUUCGAAAAGUGCCUCUUCUCCAGUACAUCUUCUACUUGGACCAGAUUGGCAUCGCCAUGUCGCCGUUGAGUAACAAUGCCCUGUUCCUAGCUUACGAGCGAAAUCCCUUUCACCAGUACUUCAAGAGAGGGCUUAACGUCUCACUGUCAACGGACGACCCUCUGCAGUUUGCUUUCACAAAGGAACCACUGAUCGAGGAAUAUGCUGUUGCGGCGCAAAUCUACAAGCUUAACUCGGUCGACAUGUGCGAGUUGGCCAAGAAUUCUGUCAAGCAAAGUGGCUACGAGCUGUCCAUCAAGGAACAUUGGUUGGGACGUGGCUGCAACAAGCCAGGGAAAGAAGGAAAUGCCAUGGUCAAGACGAAUGUUCCUGACCGGCGAGAAGAAUUCCGAUACUUCACCCUGAUGCAAGAGAGAGAUGUACUGUCGAAAUAUGUCACAUAUAACGCUACAAAUGAACCCCUGGCACAAGCUACUGGCAACGAAAACAAAAUGUCGGAGUCGGUGGCGUCCAUUGCUGGACAGGUUUCUGGUAUGGGCUUGUCGUCGGGCAACGAAGCUGCCGAUCCGGAGAUGUCGCCUCCAGCUGGGAUCACAAAGGUCGCAUCGCAGAUUGGAUUGUCGGGUACUCGAGAACAGACAUGGCCCAGUGAUGCUAUGGCAGACCACCAUCUUUCGGGAAGCGACCCGAGAAUGUUUCCAGGAAUCUUUACUCGAGGUCACCGUACUGGCAGCAUGCGGAACCUGGCCCAAGCUAGUGAUGACAGGGACACUGCAGAUGAUGUUUUCGGCCCCGAGACUUGA